UCUUUUCAGUGUUGAAAAAGGUCUAAAACAUAUCUGCAAGCGCGAAUUCUUCGGUGGUAAACAAAACAGAAACUUGGACGCUGAAUCUGCUCAAUAAAGGAUAAUUGUGAUAAUCAUGGCCGACAAACAGUCAUCGGGGGAAGCUAAGAAAUCCACCCAGACAUCAGCGGCGUCUAAAAAGACGGAAAAACAACAAAAGAAGUCGGUUCCGGGAUCUCAAAACUCUGCGCUGGGUGAUGGCGAGGAAAUGCCGGAAAAGUCAUCGGCGCAGCCGACUGCGUACAGCAUGCGACCGGCUUUUGGAGAGAUGUUUCCCCUGCCCAUUGUAAAGAAUAUAAUGAACAGCGUUAUGGGCGAGAAACUCAAAGACAAAACCUAUGACAAGGACGUGGCCAGUAAGUGGACCAGUGAAAUAGCCGACGAGAUCAACCAGCAGAUUGCAUCCAAUCCGAAGGUCAAGCGGUACAAGCAUGUGGUCCAGGUGAUGCUUGGCCAGGAGCUGGGAGCGGGAGCCACUUACAAUUCGCGUUGCUGCUGGGACUGCGACUGCGACACCUCGAUAUCCGAGGUCUACAGCAACACCAGCUUGUUUUGUGUGUGUACUGUAUUUGGGACAUAUCAAUAUUAGAAUCCUUUUACAUCCUGGAGAACUGACUAGGCUAAGCACGCUAUUAAUUUUUUUUGGACCAAAUGUUGAUAUUUGGACGGUUGGAAAACUGAUUAGGCUAAGGACCAAUCUCACCUCCUUUAUUUAUUUAUUCUAAAUGGCACCGGGAACCGAAAGAGAGCUUCACUUUCGAUGCUUGACCUUCGUCGCGCCUCAUUGGAUGCGUACGUUCAGCGGAUUCAGUAUGCGGCCCGACAUUACAGCGACGUCCAGGUCGCGAUCAAUGAUGAAAAACAUAAACGGAUGGUUCACAGAGAUCUGAAUGGGCUUCGUUUGCGCGCCAUAGUUGCCUAGCGAGUAGAAGGAAGUGUUUAUUGCAUUUUACAUAAAUACUGUUGCCACUAGAGACUACUGCUGGCUGUUGCAGCAAUAGGUGAGGCAGCAAAGAUGUGCGUUGCGCCUCAAUGCCUUCGUGGAGGUGUGCUGCAAUGCAAGACACUUACGCUUCAGCUGAUUGAUGGGAUGCGUUCGGAUGGUGACGUCUAUGGAUUGCUCAAUGUGCCGCACAUAGACGCCCUUCUCAUCAGUCAUGGGUCGAAAAUCGGCUCGAUUUGGCUCAAACACGUCACAGCUGCAAAACGACAAAACGAAAGUAAAAGUGAGGAGAAGUGUAUGAAGAUUCCCAGAUUCAGCACAGCUUACAUUCCCAUCUGCAAUAAAAAAGCAAAAAAUACACACAGCUCAAUAAAAAACACUGAAAUGAA